AUGUCGCAGAACGAUGAUUUGGCCUACGGCCAUUAUGACUCCUCCAGAGGCUUUAGCGAUAACUCCAGGGGUCUAGGAGAUACCCUGAGGAAAUUCUACAAGGGCCACCAGAGCUCAUCACAGUCGGGUCAACCGGCUCAGCCCUAUAACCAGUCUUACCAGUCGGGAUCGGGAUCGGGAUCGCAAGGAGCGUACCCGGACCAGAAUCAGCCCCCGCAAUAUGGAUCCGGUCAGACCCCCAGUCAUCCGUACCAACAACCACAGUAUCAGCAAUCACAAUACCAGGGACAUCCUCAGAAGCAAGAUAAGCUUUCUGGUUUUUUGGACAAGAUCCAGGGUACUGUCGCUGAGUAUGGCUCGGAAUUGGCUACCAAAAUCGGUAGCACCAUCGAUCCCCAGGCCUAUGCCCAGUAUGGUCACACCAAUCCUUCCGCCGACAAUCGUUUUGGUAGUUUCGCGCCCCCUCGUGAGCACAACGAUGUGAAGUGGUAUGUGGAUGGAGCCAGCUAUUUCUGGGCCGUGUCUCGCGCUCUUGAAAAUGCAAAGGAAUCCAUCUGGAUCUUGGAUUGGUGGCUAUCCCCUGAGCUGUAUCUCAGACGUCCCCCGACCAAGAAUGAAAACUAUCGCCUGGAUCGCAUGCUGCAGGCAGCUGCUCAGCGCGGUGUGCGCGUGAACAUCAUUGUUUACAAGGAAGUGACUCAGGCAUUGACACUCUCCUCUGAACACACCAAGAAGGCCCUGGAGAGCCUGCACCCGAAUAUUGCGGUCUUCCGUCAUCCAGACCACUUGCCAGAUGGUCAUGAGGUGGCAUCUGAGAUCACAAAUGCCUUCCAGCACUUGACGCUGAAUUCUACCAGCCUAACCCAGAUGAGCAAGGAGAACCUCAAAGGCGUAUAUGGCGCAACCGACGAGAUGAUCCUAUACUGGGCUCAUCAUGAAAAGCUUUGUUUGAUUGAUGGCCAGAUUGCCUUCAUGGGUGGACUGGAUCUCUGCUUUGGUCGCUGGGACACAAAUCAGCACUCAAUUGCUGAUGUCCACCCAGAGGAUCUGAAUGAGACGGUCUUCCCAGGCCAAGAUUACAACAACUCUCGGAUCCUGGAUUUCCACAAUGUCGCCGAUUGGGAGAACAACCAGCUGGACCGGAGGGUUUCGUCUCGUAUGGGUUGGUCGGAUAUUUCCAUCAGUCUGCAUGGUGCCGUAGUAGAGGACCUGCGUCGACACUUUGUUGAACGAUGGAAUUUCAUCUAUGAUGCCAAGUACCAUGCCCGCAAUAACUCGCGGUACCAAAGACUCUCUCUGUAUGGUCAACCUGUCCAUCAAGCUACCCAGGGUGGCCCACAGCAGGCCAAUCUGUACCCGUCUGGUCAGGCGAGUCCACAGGUUCAGCAGCCGACACAGCAGUACCCAACUCAGACGGGAGGUGCACCUACUUACCCUCCACCCCCAGGUCAAGUGUCCCAGCAGCUCCAGCAGUCACAGAAUCAACAGUCUUGGCAAUCUGGAAAUGCUCACCCCUCUGGCCAGCCGUCUGUUAGCCCGCAGUCGCAACAGCAACAGCAGCAGCCCCAGCAAUCACCGAGUCCCUACCAGCAGUACCCACCUUUAACUCCCACACAAGGGCAGGGUCAUGCACAGUCAGAUUACCCACAUUACGGGGAUUCUGGUAAGACCGAUUAUUCUACCCUGGGUCAAUCUCAGUCUCCGUCCAAUGUCCAGUCCCCUCCUCCUCCUGCAUACUCCAGCGGCGCUCAGCAGGGUCACGGGUCCGUUCAAUACUCUUACACCGGAGACUCCUUUCCACCUCCGCCUCCAGGUCCUGCUCCAAGCCAGUCACCUGGAAAUACACCCCAACACUCCCAGCAGCAGGGCCAGGCGUCUUACUACCCACCCGCACCCUCCAAUUUUUCAGAGCUUCCGACCCAGUCCACUGAAAACUAUGCGGCCUAUAAUCAGUCUCAGACUCAAUCCCACUACCCACCUGCCAGUCAAAACCCAGUAAAUCAGAGUCAAACACAGGCUCAGGCACCUUACUACCCACCUCCACCGGGACAGGAAGCUCAUUCAGCUACUCGGGGAUUCGAUGACCAGCAUCAUGACAGCGCGCGUGGAUUUAUGCCACAGAACUACCAGGAUAACUCCUCCCAUUAUGCUAACCCGCACCAAUCUGAUGGAGAGCGUGGAUUUGUGCCGAAGCGCUACGAAGAGAAGUUCAACAAAUAUGUCAACCCACUUCGUGGACAGCUGGCUGGCCAGAUUCAUCAGUACCAAGAUCGUUUGACCAACUACGGGCGCCCCGCAUCGCAGAAUCAAGGCCAUAUGUCCUGCCAGAUUGUGCGCAGCUGUGCUAAGUGGAGCAAUGGUAGCCCCUUGGAGCACUCCAUUGCCAACGCCUACGCAGCUGUUAUCAAGAACAGUCAGCACUUUGUCUAUAUCGAAAACCAAUUCUUCAUCACUGCUACUGGGGACCACCAGCACCCGGUGAAGAACACGAUCGGUGCUGCCAUCGUUGAACGUAUUUUGCGUGCUGCUCGCGCUGGCGAGAAGUACAAGAUAAUUGUCGUGAUGCCCUCGGUGCCUUCCUUUGCUGGAGACCUCCACGAUGAUGAAACCCUCGGCACGCGUGCCAUUAUGGAGUUCCAGUACAACUCGAUCAACCGAGGUGGAAACAGCAUCAUGGAGCUGAUUGCCAAGGAGGGUUACAACCCCAUGGAGUACAUUCGCUUCUACAACCUCCGCAACUAUGAUCGCAUCAACAACGGAAACAUCAUGGCUGCCGCAGAACAGCAGAGCGGUGUUAACUAUGGAGAUGCCACUCACCAAUAUGACCAAAAUGCUUCAGCUCCUACCAACUAUGGCCAACAGAAUGCUGGGGCUCCUCGGAGUGUUUUCGAUCCCACUGCUCCGUUCCAGAAAUACCAGCAAGCUGCUCAGCAAGUGCCUGGCAAUACGGCACCCGGUGCUGGUCGUUGGGAUACCGUCAGCUCCUGCUACAUGCUGGGUGGAGAGGAUAUUCGUAAUGUGCCGUGGAAUGGUCACCCCGAAGCUGAGAUUGAUGCAUUCGUGAGCGAGGAGCUCUACAUCCACUCCAAGGUUAUGAUUGCCGACGACCGCGUGGUGAUUUGUGGAUCGGCGAACCUGAACGACCGAUCGCAGCUGGGAGACCAUGAUUCGGAGAUCGCGGUUGUCAUCGAAGACUUUACUCCGAUCCAGUCGACUAUGAAUGGCCGUCCUUGGACCGCAAGUCGCUUUGCUUCGUCUCUUCGCCGCCAGCUGAUGCGCAAGCAUUUGGGACUUGUGGUCCCACAAGACUACCAGCGACCAGAUGCUAACUUCGAGCCUGUCGGUGUUCCCAAUCAAUUCGACUUUGACUGUCCUGAAAGCAAGAUCGUUUCUGAUCCGCUCUCGGAUACUCUGCAAAGUCUGUGGAACUCUCGUGCCCACACCAACACGGAAGUUUUCCGCAAGGUGUUCCAUGCUGUUCCCGAUGACACCGUCCGUAAUUGGGCCACAUACAAAGAAUUCUAUGAGUACUACUUCCACGGCGCUGAUAAGGAGGCCGAGGGUAAGGGUGAGUUCGGCCGACCCCCGCGAUACCAAUGGGGCCACGUCGUGCGUGAUGAUUUCGCCCCCGGCCCUGAGGGCGCAAAGCAGGUUAAAGAACUGCUCAGCCAGGUUAAGGGUACGCUGGUGGAGAUGCCUUUGAUGUUCCUUGGCGAGGAGGAUAUUGCGAAGACAGGACUGGUUCUGAACGAUCUGACUGAGCCCAUCUACACUUGA